UGGAAAAUGAAUCGAUUGCAGAACAUCGACCCAAACGAUGAGGCCGCAGUUGAGAGAUUUCUGUUGAAAAAAGAAGACGAACCCGCUCAACGAACGUUGUAUGAUAUUAUCCAAGAGAAAAUCGAGCAGAAGAAACUUGAAUUGGAAACGCAAUUGUCAGCUGCUGAUAAUGAGGAUGUAUCAGUGAGGAAUCUCGAUCCGGAAGUAGUUGAUAUGUAUCACAAUGUAGGCACAGUGUUGUCCACCUAUCGAAGUGGGAAAAUUCCGAAGGCGUUCAAAAUAAUCCCAAAAAUGAUCAAUUGGGAACAACUUUUAUAG